GACCAGAUGCGCGCGCUGGUGUAUCAACCAAGUGAAGUAUGGCGGCAACUGUUAUCUGAGCUGUCCUUUCGCUUGGGCUAUGUUUUUACUUAAUAAGGCAAAGUAAAAUUAGAGUUGAUGGUUGGUGUCAAAAAAGAAGGAAAAAUGAACUACAAUUUAGAGCAGGAAAUCGAGGAAAUAGUCGACAGACAGUUGCAGGAUUUGGGCUUCAUUGACCUGUGCACAAGGAUUGCCCAAAAGGUUGUUGAAAGAGUGCAAAAAAUUGAUGAGGAACAUAGUAUAAUUAAAACCGAAUUGACUGAUAUUGAAGAAAAAUUGAAUUUAAUAUUUGCUGAUAAAAAGCCUCCUGACUCUAAAGUGCAAGUUGUGAAAAGAAAUGUCAUAGUAAUUGAUGAAGAAGAUGAGAAACCACUUCUUGAAAAGCUCCAAGAGCUCUCAAAAUCAUCCCAGAACUUGUCUUGCAGUGGAGAUAUUGCUUCUUCAAAAGCACAGACAGAUUUUCAAAGAGACCAGGUUAGGUCAAAAAAUCAAAUAGGACAUGGAGAGAUUGUCAGUAGGGAUAGCAAUGUAGUGAAAAAUGAAAAGACAUCAAUUGGGGCUAAAAGAACUUCUAGUAUCAAUGGAAGUGACAUUCAAAGUAGUUCUUUUGAAUCUGUUGGCCCUAAAAGACUUGCAUUAUCAAAUAAUCUAUCAGAGCCUCAAGUUACCAGCUCAAGUUCGCAAACCUUCAAAAGAACUACUGCAGGUACAGAAUCUAAAGUAAACUCUAGUAUUACUUUUAUAAAUCGCAAUUUGUAUCGAUCACCUCCAAAAGACCCUGCAGGAAAGAUGGCAAGUUUGUCAUUCACAUCAUUAAAAGCAUCAAAUAAGAAUGAACAAGACCAAGCUAAGCCAAUCAUCUCAGAGAGUUCUAGUAGUGUAGCUAAAAAUUCCAAAUCUACAUCAGAAAGACUUUCAGAAGGGAGCAAUAGUCCUUCUUCAGUAGACAAAUCAGUUGUGGUCAAGUCAUCUGUGAGUGUAGAAGAAACAGAUGAACAAGAACGAAGUCUGCAACAGGAAACAACCGAUGAAUACGAUUUUGCAGAUGAAGGCUAUGAAUUUAAAGAGGGAGAUAGUGUGCUUGGAAAACCAGAAAAGAGUGACAUUUGGUAUACAGCGAAAAUAACAAGAAUUAUAGCGACUAAAUAUGGACAGAAAAAGUUCCAAGUGAAGUUUGACUCAGGCCAACGGAUGCAUGGGACUUUACCUGGCAAUAGUUUGGCACCAAUCGCACAUCCGAAAGGAAGUUCUCUGAAUGUUGGAAGUCGUGUCGUGGCUAUUCGACCAAGAGACACUGUCGAUGCAAGGAUCCAGAAAAAGUACAUGACCUUAAAUUCUUUAGUUAUGGCGAAAGGAGAAAUUCUGUAUGGUGGAGUGGUUGUGGAGAGAGCUUGCGAAGAUAACAGGAAUAGGUUUCUUGUUUUCUUUGAUGAUGGGUUCGCACAGUACAUGACCGAAAAGAAAAUGCAUUUGGUUAUCCAUUCAGCUGAAAAUGUGUGGCAAGACGUUUCAAUACACUGUCGAGAGUUCAUCAAGGAAUAUUUAGAAGAGUUUCCAGAGCGACCUAUGCUAAAGCUAAAAGCUGGACUGUGUGUACAAACGGAAUGGAAUGGCAAAUGGCUGCAAGCUAAAGUAGUGGCGGUAGACUGCAGUCUCGUCAAGAUGUUAUUCGAUGUAGACAAAAGAACUGAAUGGAUUUACCGCGGAUCCACUCGUUUAGAACCAUUGUAUUCGGAACUGGGACGACGUGAUUUGGAAGCGCUGAAAAACAAGGGCAAAAAGUCAAGCAAAAAGAAGAAGUCUGUGGCAUCGAAUAUGAAAAAAGUGGAACCGUACGUGGAGGAUGCAAUAACGAAACCCUGUUUUGGAAUCUCAAGAUUUAGCAAAACCGAUCCACAAGGAAUCCAACAGAUAAAAGAGUGGGGUCCUGUAGAAGAAAAAUCUUCAAGCGCUAGCAUGGAGCAAGAGGAGAAGUCACUGUAUGUAUCCGCAGACAAUGAAGGUGGUAGUCCAUCGUCUGGUGGGAAAGUCGGAUCUGACUCAGGCAAAAACAAUCAGACUUUAUCUAAGAAGCGGAAAAUGGACAAUUUGUCUGAACAUGGGUCUGUUUCAUCGGUUGAUGCAAACAGCCCUGAUAAUGCAGCUGGGAGUAAUCGGAACCCUGGCAGUGAUGCCAUGAUCAACUUACCGUCACCUAAGAAUCCACGACAAGGCACUGCGAAAACCUUCCAACGACACUCCAGCCAAAGCUCUAUCGAAUCAACCGCAUCCGACAGCCAAUUGUUGCUACGAAACAGUAACCAAGGUCGUUUUGAAAGACAGCUAAGCAGCCAGUCCCUUCAAUCAGAAUCAUUGAAUUCCAAAUCACUUGGGACAGGAUUUGUAAGACACAGUUCAAGCGGUGCUUUGGGGUCUGAAACUCGUGUUAAUUUUAGCGGGAAUGGAUCGCCUUCGGUUCCAGUGACGAGAAGCAAAAGUAUGGCACAGUUGUUCAGCUCUCCUGAGCGAAGUGUUGAUGCCCAGCUUAUAGCGAAGCGAAGAAGUUCCAGCCAAGAAAAAUUGUUGCAGCCUUUUGCGUCAGUCACGAGACAGCGCAUGAUCCUUCCCCGCCCGCCACAGCAACAAAUGCAGUAUUUGAAGUUAGCUCAAAGCAGUGCUGGACAAGCAACGAAGGUCCUUGUGCCAAUCGUGGGACACAUCGGAGCAACACAAAGCCCGACGACGUCGACACAUAUGGUGGCUCUUAUCAACUUAACGCAAUCCUUUCCUAAGAUACGAGGACCCCAUCAGUGCUCAACAAAGUGUAUUCCUGAAGUCUAUCUUCCGCAAAGCGAGAGAAAAAGACACAAUCCACUUUCGGUCCCUUUGUUGCUUGGGUGGACUAGGGAAACAGCAAAAAGGCGACCUGGCUAUCACAGGGACAUUUAUUACCGCGCUCCUUGCAGUAAGAGACUUCGUAACCUUUCAGAAGUUACAAAAUAUUUGCUUCAGACCAAGGCUACGAAUGUCACAAUAGAUGAGUUUUCGUUUGAUGCCUCGAUUUCCUGUAGAGACCAAAUACCUAUUUUCAAAACACCUCGCUUGAAAAUCGAUGAUAUUUCAAACGGAAUGGAAAAGAUUCCAAUUUCAUGUGUAAACGAACGCAAUGACGAGUUGCCGCCAAAUGUGGAGUACAUUAGCGAGCGGAUUAUCGGCCUCGGUAUCGAUAUGAAUCACGAUUCUGGUUUCUUAGCCUCGUGUGACUGCCAAGAUAACUGUCAGGACCGCACUAAAUGCGCAUGUGCACGGCUAACAAUCGAUUCCAGUGACGCAAUCAAUGGCAAGAAAGACGAACAUUGUGGCUAUCAGUAUCGCCGGCUCAGAGAGGGUGUCACUACUGGGAUUUACGAAUGCGGCAGGAACUGCUCGUGCUCGGCAACAUGUUACAACAAAGUCGUUCAAAAUGGAAUUGGUGUCAGAUUGCAAGUUUUCAUGACGGAAGACAAAGGUUGGGGCCUACGAUGUCUUGACGAUAUUCCAAGAGGAACCUUCAUCUGCACAUACAGUGGACAAAUUUUAAACGAAGAAAUGGCCGAUAAAGAAGGGAAAGAUUUUGGUGACGAAUACCUGGCUGAGCUUGAUCAUAUUGAGGUCGUUGAGCAGGCGAAAGAAGGAUACGAGUCAGAUGUCCCGGAACUUCGUCAAGAGAAGAAAACGGAAAGGAGUUUGUCAUUUGAGAGCAGUAACAAGGAAUAUGAUAGUGACAGUGAUGAGAGUGAGUUUGGGUAUAUUUCGACGUCUGAGUCCUCGGACAGCUUAGAUAGCAAUAAAUCGAUUACAAAGGAAACAAAUACUCCAUCGUUUCAACAACCUUCCAAUAGGCCAACUACAAACACACCUUCGAAAGUCACAUCUGAUGACGUAAUUGAUUUGACUCUUGAGAGUGAUCCUGAAAAUGAAGCUGAAACCUCAAAAAGGCUUCUGGGCUCCCUAAAAGAAGAAGGAAUCAGUACGCCAUCCUCUCUGGAUCAGAUGAUUCAUAGGCUGAAGACGGGGGUCGACUGCAAUGGAAAGAUGAUUGACAGGCUUGUAGCUUUGCGACAGACUGUCACUCAAAAGCAGAAGUCUCAAGAAAGCCAAGAAUCGCCAAGCAAGGCAGAUUCAAUUGAGAACCUGGAAAAAGAUGAAAAGUCAGAAGGCGAGAGUCCAAAGAUCAAACUGAAAUUCGAAAUCGGAGGUGAAAGUCCCGAUGCUGAUUUGAAACCGGAAACAGAAGCUGGAAUCGAAACCGGAGAGCGUUUGGAAGAAGCGAAACUGACAGUGAAAAUUGAUUGGAAUGACGAGGUGAAAAAAGCUAUCGAGACGAUUGGGCCAAAGAUUCGUAAGGCAGUGGCGAGGAAGUCAACGAGAUCAAUUUUAUUUCAAAAGCUUUCAAAGGAUGAAAGGAACAAACCAGAACCACGUGUUUUGGAAAACGUGGCUAAAAAUGACGUCAGCCAGGCUUUCGUAUCAGGAAAGACUUUUACAUCGCCAAGAAGCUCCACGGGUGGCCAUUUCGCAAGAAAGUCAACAUCACACAGGAUUCAAAUAACUCCUCCAGGGCAGCGACCACAACAAACUCAAAAUGAGCCGCAGCAAGAACAGGAUGUUGCAACGGAUAAUAAGGAAGCUGAGAAAAAAUCGACAAGACUUUUGUUUGGUGAGGACCAGUGCUACGUCAUCGACGCAAAGUCGUUCGGAAAUGUCGGCCGAUACUUGAACCAUAGCUGCAUGCCGAAUCUCUUUGUUCAAAACGUCUUCUAUGACACCCACGAUUUGAGGUUUCCAUUAGUCGCAUUUUUCACUCAGCAAAACGUCCCUGCGUUGACAGAGCUGACAUGGGACUAUUCAUACGAGGUAGGUAGCGUCCCUGGCAAAGUCUUGCAGUGUUACUGUGGCUCUAUCGAAUGCAGAGGAAGACUCUUAUAACUUGACAGUAGAUUAAAUUACAUUUCUUUAAAAGACUCGACUAGAGAAUAUUUAGCAUGUAGUCAUAAAUUAUGUAAAAAUUGUUUUAAAAGUUAUUUGAAUAACGUGUGUAGCCAAAACUAGCUUUCCAAUUCUCACAUGAAGGAAAUGUCAUGAAUUUUCCGAUAUUUGUAAAGGUGUUAGUUGAAUAGUCAGACGAUAUGUUAUAAUUGAUCAACCCCCUUCCCCUAUUUAACCUUUUCAAAUAGCCUGUGCUCCAGACCCCUAGCUCGUUAAAGUCAAUCGAUAGAUACUAAAAUGGCUUAGGCCAUCUAUCAAUCAAUAAUUAGCCAAUCAGUGAGCCUAUUACCACUCACAGGCUUAUUGAUUGGCUAACUUUGAUUGACAGGUGGCUCAGGUAUUUGUCGGUUGCCUUUCAAAUUCUGGGGCACAUGCUACUUUUAAUCUGCUCCGCUUUCUACGUAAAUCUGCACAUCAGCCACUAAAAUGUCGCUAACACGACCCCCGCCAACAAAAUUCCUUAUUUCUGUGUAAGAGUUUUAGACUUCUUUCUUCAUUUCAGAAACUUUCUUGUGACGUUUUAACUUUCUAAGAAUUUCGCUAGUGGUUUUUUGCAUUCCUGUAAGAGAUGAUAGGCGUGGAUGGUCAAUGUUUAAAAAUACCAUGUUUAUUUACGUUGAAAAGGUAUUCAGUACACUGUGGCAAAAACUGAAGAAUAGGGGCAUAGCGUCUGUGGGGUCGGUGCCCCCAAUAGGUUUACAAGAAUUAAUUUUGCCUGUUGUCAUGAAUUUUCAUAACGAUAAUCAUAAACUUAUUUACAGUUGGUUUUGUUUUUAACCAAUUAUAAACUAAUUCAUACCAACUAUUUAACGAAGUAGAUUAGAAACAAAUUGAACAGAUUCAUUUGCAAUCGUAGUACGUACAAUUGUUUGCUGCGUCUUUCCUUUUUGAAAAUCAUUAGGGACGUCAAAUUUAGGCCAUCCAUUACUAAGGGUAUUCCACAAUAGACUUUCUCUGUGGUUUUUCUAAAGGAUAGAAAAAUAUUACCCAUACCUCAACCCAGUCAUGAUAUGCAAGCUAAAGUAGAAGGCAGUGAUUUUUCACGAGGGCCUGGCUAUUUCGCAACUUAUUUUAGGGAUAUUUUUAAUGCGGACUUUUAAUGUCCGGAAACUUUUUUUUUCAUUUCAUUUCAAUUUUGUAAACUUGUACCAUUUUAUCUGUGUCGUACUGUCGGCAGUACCAAUUAAUUCAAUAGAUAGUAGUGUUGGAGUAUGUUUAUUCAAUCUUUCGGAAUAUCCUUCUCAUUGUUAGUGGAGUGUCUACACGAAACUGAACGCGGCCUAUCUUAGUCCAUCAUUUCAAUAUCUAACUUCAUCUGCCUUCAAGUUAACGGAGGGGAAUCCAGAUUGAUGUCGUCUCUUGCGUGCACCCUACAUGUCAGUUUCUGCAUCCUACUGGCAAGGCCACCAACGCAAAACCCCAGUGGGGGCCCCAUGGUCACACAUCGCUGAAUUUGUUCGGGAGAUUAAUCAUGCCCGUCUUUCAGACAUGCACUAGCCCCUGUUUCAGGUUCAUUGCACAUGCGCGUUGUCACUUGAAGCCCUGGCGCGAAGUUUUGUGGUGCCAGAGAGAACAGCUGUGCGAAUAAUGUUAUUAAUGCGCAUGCGCUAUGACCCUGCCACACUGAUUGGUUCAAGCCGUUAUUGUUUCAAAACAAAGGACUGAAGGUUUCGUCUCCUGAACAAGAAUAGUAAUUCUAUUUAGUACUUUUUUUAACCCCGGAAUUGCUCUUUUCUGUGCCUGUAAUGUCAACGGGCUCUCUUGCGCACCACCCCCAUGUUGCAAAAAAGUCUUUGAAUUAAAAUUUCAAGAAAGUUGUUUGUGUAAAAGAACGACCUCCCUUUUUAAAAAAUCGAUAUUGACGAAGCGCCUCUUACAUCCAUAUUCACCUUUCCCAACUUUCGCAUUUUAAAAUUUUUCUUGAUGCUACUAAAUAGAAAGAAUUUUAUUCAUUUUUUGUCCCUAAGUUCCAUUCGAGAAUGGAAGGCUUGAAACAAUCACAGCUUAAAGGACAAGUGACACGUUUUUGGCGCCAAAUUUUUUUUUUCUUUUAACUUAAAGUAAAAUGCUGUAUGAGAGUGUUGUUGAAAUAUUUUUCCUUUCUGAUUUCAUUUUCCUACUUAAAAACCCUUUUAAAAUUAUGGCGGGAAAUGAAUCACGUGACACCGUGACGUAGAUUGUGAUAAUCUGUUAUUGCUGCUACUGGUAUACAGUGCAAUAUUAAUGUUUACAACACGCUUCUAAACGAAUUUAGUUCGUCUGGACCUGUCGCAUCGUGUUUCGAAAACUCUCUAUCAAUGAUAGGAAAAUUCCGAGUUAUCACAAUGUACGUCAUAGGGUCACGUGAUAAAAAGCAAAAUCGCGCCUCCUGCGCCCCCUGAUUAGAAUUUUUUGUUCUAAACCAGGAAAAACUUACUUCUAAACGAUGAUCUAUAAGUUAAUGAAAAGAAAAGAUAGGGUGAAAAGUGUGUCACUUGUCCUUUAA